UCUCUCUCCCUCGCCAUCUGGGGCGGUGGUGGGGAUGAACUAUAAAUAGUCGAGGCAUUAUAUAACAAAAACAUUAAACGGUGUUGCGUUUUGGACGUGAUUUGACAUCCGAGGCAUUCUGCGGAAAGUGUGUGUUUUCUCAACUAUUCUCAAAGGGGGAGCUCAGAGUGCUCUGCAACUUUUUUGCUCCGUUCCUUCGCGCUGGCCAAUUUUUCCGUGGGUGGACCGCACGUGCGGGCAGAGUGAUCUAGACGGAUUGUGGGUCGUUGUGGGGCGCUCUCUCUGGGCCGCCUGGUCGCGCAGUGGGCGAAACUGAGCUCUGAAUAUCCCGUGGGGCGCGAGAGAAGCGAGCAGUGACGACACAUUCCUUUGUCUUGCUGAAAGAAGGGAGGCCAUUGAGAUUCUCAGCGAUUUUGUCACGUCUUUCACCCGUGCUGGGGCGCUCUCGUCGCUUUGGGGCCCCGCGUCGUGCAACGGUCGGGCCAUUUUUGACCUGUGGUUAGAAUUCUCGCGGUCUUGGUCGCAAAGGGCGGAUUCGAGGAACUCGGAAGUGACACAAGACACAAUGGCGGACGCGAGAAUUGAAACAAAUGCUCCAGGACCGUCCCCGUCUGGCACCCCCAUAAAUCCCCUGCUCCCCUCGCUCGCCGACAUCCAGGCCAUCGAGUCCCCGGGCGCGCCCUCGCAGUCAGACGCCGCCGUGUCGCCCCAAUCCACAUCCAAUGUCGUGGUGGACCCGCUCGGUCUGGAGCCCGUGACGAAGAGGCGCAAAUUCGAGGCGAAUUCGCAAAUCAAUGAGAAAUUGGAGCAGCGCCUGGGGGGCAUUUUGUGCUGUGCGGUAUGUCUGGAUUUGCCAAAAAUCGCUGUAUAUCAGUGUCAAAUGGGUCAUUUGAUGUGUGCAGCGUGUUUCACUCAUCUUCUGGCCGACGGAAGAUUGCGCGAUCAGGCAGCAACGUGUCCCAACUGUCGAGUGGAAAUCUCCAAGAGCACAGCGAGCAGGAAUCUUGCUGUGGAGAAGGCUGUCUCCGAACUGCCCAGCGACUGUCAGUACUGCGGAAAGGAAUUCCCCUGCAAGUCCCUGGAGCGCCAUGAACAGGUGGAGUGCGAAGAGAGGCCGGCCAAUUGCAAGUACAUCCGCAUCGGUUGCCAGUGGAAAGGACCUAUUCACGAGGCUCACGAGCACGAGGAGGUGUGCGCUCAUCCCAAAAAGUCCGGAGCUGAGGUGAUGACGGCUCUGCAGGCGCGCGAUGUUGACUUCGAGGAGGAGAAGAAGUUCUAUGCCACGCUGAUUGAUCUGUUGAGCUACGAGAAGAUCAUCUUCAAUGAUCUGCAGAUGAAGCCAUAUCGCACGGAUGAAUACGUGCAGAAGCUAUUCUACGAGACAGCCAGAUUCACGGCCUUCAACCAUCAAUGGGUGGUAAAGGCGCGCAUCAAUAACAGCCAGAGGGAUCCGCAUCAGUCCUGCGAGCGCGAGAUUACGUACCAGUUGAUUCUGAAGACGAAGACGUCGUGCCCGCUGAACAUUCACUACUUCGCACUCAAGGGGCCGUUUUCCGACAUGAAGCUCACCACGAAGAUCUACAAGCAUGACUUCACAGACACCGAGAAUAUGAGCGAGUACAACCUUUUACCGCUCCCGGACAGCUCGGAGUGCAACAGAUUGCUAGCCUCGAAGGCCAUCAACUUCCGCCUCAUUAUGUUUCUCCUCUCAAAGUAGAAAAAGGCGCCGGAGGAGACGCAAGACAGUGCGGCGGACCUCACGAUGAGCUUCUUCCUGUCUCCACCUCAGCGCGAAUAUUUCUCCUAACAAAUCGUUUGUCGUGUGUUGCUUUGGAAAAGAUGAUGAGAUGGGAAAAUUCACUGCAACUCUCCCAAAUUAGGGAUAGAGAAACUUUGUCAAGGAAAUCGGAUAAGGAAAUAUCUUUAAAUCUCUCCCCGCGUAUAAUAGUUUCACACAAACACACACAGAAAUUCCCCACAAGAAACCAUUCUCAACACUUUAUUUAUAAUUGAAAUACUUGAUAUCUUAAUAUAUUUUAUAGAGGAAUAUAUUUUACUGUUAAAUCCCAAUUUUUUGAAUGAAGAAAAAUAUCUUGAACUUAUUGAGUGAAGAAAUUAAUUUUUGCAUCUCUUGUAUACCAAAUUUAUAAUUUUUCUUAUGUUUUGCCAUAACAUACAAUGUAACUGCACGUUUGUAUGAUUUAUUCAUGUCUCGUAUGAACAUUGCGAAAAGCUCUUUGCAAUCAGAAGCACACCCAACUUAUCUCACAAUAUGUUUAAGUCUAUGAAAAUAUUUUCAUUGAUCUCACUUUUUGAAGAAAAAUACCUUUUUGCAUAUUUUGAAAAAGGAAAGUAUAUUUAAAGUGAAAAAGAGCUAAGAAGCAAGAAAUAAGAAGAUAUGUUGUAAAACGAAAUAUUUGCUAUUUAAUAUUUGUUAAAGUAAGAUUCUGUAGCAUUAACUGGUUGAUUAUACUAUGGAAUAUUUCACUGUCAUAAAAUAACUUCGAUGAAUUAA